AUGGCUUCUUCUUCGUCUUCAACAACUAAUCCUCAAGAAAAAUACGACGUCUUCCUUAGUUUUAGAGGAGAGGACACUCGUGUCAGUUUUACCAGCCACCUUUAUGCUGCUUUGAAGCGGAAACAAAUUUUGACCUUCAUAGACUAUGAACUUAACAGAGGGGAAGAAAUUUCUCCAUCACUUUUGAAAGCAAUUGAAGAAUCCAAGCUUUCUGUGGUUGUUUUCUCUGAGAACUAUGCAUCUUCCAAAUGGUGCUUGGAGGAACUUGCAAAGAUUCUUGAAUGCAAGAAAACUAAAGGCCAGAUGGUUAUACCCGUGUUCUAUAGGGUUGAUCCAUCUCAUGUGAGGAACCAAGUUGGAAGUUUUGCCGAUGUAUUUGCUAGGCAUGAACAGUUAUUGAAGGAAAAGAUGGACAAAGUGCAGAACUGGAGAGCUGCUAUGAAGGAAGCAGCAAAUCUAUCUGGGUGGGAUUCAGAGAACAUUAAGUCAGAGUCUGAAUUUGUGGAGGACAUUGGAACUGAGGCAAUUGAAGGCAUAUGCUUGGAGAUGUCUGAAUCACGUGAAAUGCACUUAAAAUCUGAUGCCUUUUCAAGUAUGGAUCGUCUUAGAUUGCUCAAAUUUUAUGAUAAUUUUUCUUGGGAUGAUAUUUUCUUAAUGGACGACAAAGAUAAAGUGCACCUCCCUCAUUCUGGUCUUGACUAUCUUUCUGAUGAGCUGAGAUAUCUCCAUUGGGAUGGAUUCCCUUUGAAAACCUUGCCACAAAAUUUUUGUGCUGAAAACAUUGUUGAGCUUAUUUUCCCUGAUAGCAAGAUUGAAAGGCUUUGGACAGGAGUACAGAACCUUGUGCAUCUAAGAUGUAUUGAUCUCAGUGGCUCCCCAUAUUUGCUUGAAAUCCCAGAUCUUUCAAAGGCCAAAAAUAUAGAGAGUAUAAAUCUGAAAUUUUGUAAAAGUUUAAUAGAGGUACACUCCUCUAUUCAAUUUCUCAACAAGCUGGAGGUCCUUCAGCUCAGUUAUUGUGACAAUCUUACCCGUCUUCCAAGCAGUAUUGGUUCGAAAGUUUUGAGAAUUCUUGACCUAUCUUACUGCAACAAUGUCAGAUUAUGUCCUGCGAUUUCAGGGAAUUCAGCAGUUCUUAGAAAGGUUGAUCUACAAUACUGCUCAAAUAUUACGAAGUUUCCGGAGAUUUCAGGGAAAAUAAAAUAUCUAUAUUUGCAAGGGACUGCAAUUGAAGAGGUGCCUUCAUCAAUUGAGUUUCUCACAGCACUUGUUAGAUUGUAUAUGACCAACUGCAAACAGCUUUCUAGUCUUCCCACCAGCAUCUGUAAACUGAAAUCCCUUGAAAUUCUUGGUCUAUCAAGUUGCUCAAAACUUGAGCGCUUCCCAGAAAUCAUGGAGCCCAUGGAAUCCUUGAGACGUCUUGAGUUAGAUGCAACAGCUAUUCAAGAGCUACCUUCAUCAAUUAAACAUCUGAAAUUUUUGACACAACUUAAGUUAGGUGUAACAGCUAUUAAAGAGCUAUCCUCAUCAAUUGUACAACUGAAAUCUUUGACACAUCUUGAUUUAGGUGGAACAGCUAUUCAAGAGCUACCCUCAUCAAUUAUAUAUUUAAAAUGUUUGAAACAUCUUGAUUUAAGUGGAACAGUUAUCAAAAAGCUACCAGAACUUCCACUGUCACUUGCAGCUCUAGAUGUAAAUGACUGUGAAUCACUUGAAACCUUAUCGAGGUUCAAUCUAAGCAAUUUCCAGGAGUUGAACUUUGCAAAGUGCUUCAAAUUGGAUCAUAAAGAACUAUUGGCAGAUAUACAAUUGAAAAUUCAGUCUGGACAGAUUAAAGAUGAAAAUUUUCAAAUCGUGUUACCGGAGAGUGAAAUUCCGCUAUGGUUUUGUGAUCAAACUAUGGGAUCUUCAGUUACUAAACAGUUUCCCUCAAACUGUCAGCAGCUCAAGGGAAUUGCUUUCUACAUAGUCUUUGCAUCUCCCACACCACUUCUGUUUGAUUGUGUCAAUUUUGGAUGCAAAUGCCAUGCCAAAAGUAAUAAUGGUGAGCAUGAUUAUGUCAUUUUCAUGGAUGCACAGCCUAAAGCUGCAGUAUUCAAGUUCCAUGAUUCAGAUCACAUGUUAUUAUGGUAUGAGAGCACAAGAAAAGGUCUUUUUAGUGAAUAUUCAGGCAAUGAAGUUACAUUUGAAUUCUACAACAAAAUUGAGCUUUCCAAGAUGAAAAGUUCUGAUGAGGAUUCCAGUGAUCAAGAUGACUACUGA